GUUUGUACAUGCGACCUCUACUUUCACUUCAUCAAUUACCAAAAUGCUUGUGGAAAGCACACCUGGCGCCUUCUGGGGGCUGCAAACUGCCAAGGCCAACUUUUGUGAGGAGGACUAUGUGGUAACGAGAUAUGUCGCCGAGUUUAUUAACAGUCUGACAAACCUGCUUUACAUAUUCUAUGGAAUUUAUGGGCUUCGCAGGUUGAGACAGAAAUCAAAUGUCGAUGUCUUUCGCACCAUCCCGUACUGGGGUUUGAUGGCUGUUGGUAUCUGCUCCGCCGCGUUCCACAUUAGCCUCAAGUACCAGACUCAGAUGUUGGACGACCUUUCUAUGCAUUUCGCCACAACCCCGGUCCUCCACCGCGUCUUGACUGUCAAUGCUACACGCAGAGACACUAUCGCCAUGGCUAUCCUACUAGGAUCGUCCCUUCUAGGUCUCGUGGUAUACCACGUGAAAAUGGAUGAAUUAAUUCUGCACUCGGUAUACUUUGGUGCCACGAUUGUGGUUAUCGGGAUCCGCACUAUGCAGCUAAUCAACACCCAGACGCGGGCAGGUUCGGCUGCUCGCGGGCAAAUCUGGGGAAUAGUUAGGUUUGGCGCAGUUAUAUUCAACUCGGGAUUCUACCUCUGGUUGAUUGAUGGAUGGGCAUGUGGAUUUUUGAGGAGCGCGCGGGAAAAGAUCGGCCUUCCCUGGGCUUUUCUACUGGAGCUUCAUGGGUGGUGGCAUAUCUUUACUGGCAUCGGUGCUUACAUCUUCAUCGCGGUGGUAGAUCAUCUCGUGUCUGGUGAGGAGCAUGAUGAUAUCGAAGCGACAUUUGCUUGGCCUGCUCCGUGGGCUUCUCGAUCUAUCUUCGCGGGAAAGGAGGUUAACUUGAAACCCCCAAAACAAGAGUAGAGGUCUAACCACCUUUGUUCCUUGAGUCCCAAGAACCGGCGAGGUUAGAACCUGUUGAUGUGUGAACUAUAUCUUCGGAGGACAGCUAGACUGUCCGAGAGUUGAUGGCAUUUGUUUAGUAGGGAAUGUGCUGAAUUACGAUACGUACAGUUGGCUGCAUACUAUUCAGUAAAGAUUUCUAUAUAUCUAUCGUAUGCGUUGCGAAGUCUCCCGGUAUAAUAGGGUAAAUCCUAAGGCCCUUAAUA